CUGUGUUUGUGUGUACGCGUGUGUGUGUGUGUGUGCAAGCGCGGCCGUGCGCCCGUGUACGUGGUUGUGUAUGUAAGCUAGCGAGCAGCGCUGUAGAUUAUAUUUGCAAGCAGAGAGCGAGAGUAGUAGUGUUGUGUGCCAAACCACACGACACCACACACAUGAUAUUGUAUUAUUGGAGUAAGCAGCAGCAGCAGCAGUGGGCCCAGUAGUACAGUGUUUGAUGGAAGCGCGCAGCAACCCCAAGCGCGAUCGUAUGCGAUACCUUAACGUGUGAGGGGUAAAACAGAGCCUUUUCCUCCACCAUCGCGUUCUGUGUGAACCGACACGCAUAAACAAGACAAACAAAAGCUACACAACAUAAAACAAACACACAGUCCACGGUCGAAGGAAGGCUCACACCAUGGACGAUGAUCAGCAGUUCUGUCUUCGAUGGAACAAUCACCAGAGUACGCUCAUCUCGGUGUUCGACACACUGCUGGAGAAUGGUACACUGGUCGAUUGUACGUUGGCGGCCGAGGGAAAAUUGCUGAAGGCACACAAAGUCGUUCUGUCGGCAUGCAGUCCCUACUUUGCGACCAUACUCUCCCAGCAGUACGACAAGCAUCCGAUCUUCAUACUCAAAGAUGUGAAAUUUCAAGAACUGCGCGCCAUGAUGGACUACAUGUAUCGUGGCGAGGUGAACAUCUCCCAGGACCAGCUGGCCGCCCUGCUGAAGGCGGCCGAGUCGCUGCAGAUCAAGGGUCUGUCCGACAAUCGCAGCAGCUCGUCGUCCGGGACCGCCGCAGCAGGUGGCGGCGUGCACCAGAAGCAAAGCGAUGCACCCGCCGCAAAAACUCUACAGCCUCCCGUACCUGCCAGCAAGGCAUCAGGUCUGACGAUCGAGAACAAACGGUCCCUCAAGUCCGAGUUGCUCGAGUCCGAUGUGUCCGGUUCGCGAGAAGGUUCAACUAGUCCCACGUCGCGAAAGCGUAAAAAAGUUCGCCGACGAAGCGUAGAUACGAACAACCUACUAAUAGAUAAUCAUGACCAGCAUUCAAAUUCCUCAUCACAUUCAAUGCACACCGCUGGUGGCGCUAACGUGGCUGCAGCCGUAGCCGCCGCCGGCGCUCCAGCCGCCAACGUCGCCUCGUCUCUUUCCUCAGCAUCAUCCACGGCCGCUGCUGGCAGCAACACCAGCGCUAACGUGCUGUCCGUUGCCGCCGUGGCCGCUGCCGCCGUUCUCAAAAAGACUGAAACCGUUCAACAGGCAGCCGCGGAAACACUGAAGCUACAGAAGCAGCAGGCUGCCGCGGCUGCGGCCGCCGCCGCCGCCGCCGCACAGUCUUCUGACGACGAGGAACGAUGCGGACCGGGCAGUGUGGCCACCGGCACCGAGCACGACGACGGUAACGAUCUUACGGACAAUGAGCACGAUGGCGACGGCGGUUCUUCGGUGAAGUCUGGCUCGCGGCACCACCACCUUCGGGAUGGUAACCGACGCGGCAAAACGUCCACCUCGUCGAUGGGCGAAAUGAUGAUCGAACCGAAAAGCGAGUACGAAGACGUGCAGGACGAGAAUGUGGAGGAUUUGACAAUGGACGAUGAAGAUCUAAUGGACGAACUGGACCAGGCCGGACCGAGCCACGGUGGCGAUGUAUCUAGUCAAGGGUUUGCACAAUGGCCGAUGGAACGUGAGCAAAACGAAGCGUUUAUUGCCGCUCAGGACGCUGUUGGUGGACAACAUCGAGACGCACAAGGCACCAAACGCAAAGUCGUGAUACUGACAUCGAAGCGUACGGCCAGCUCUGCCUUGGGUGACAACGGAAAUGGUGCAGCUUCUACCGGUGGUGGGAAUGUGACGGGAGGCAAAAAGAUAAAAACUAUUACGGUCACAACGGCCGAACCGGCCCUGCUGGUGGAGGAAAAUGAUAUCCCCAUCAUUACGCACCACGAAGAGCUGCGAUUGCGCCAGUCGGAUAGGCAGCAGCAGCAGCAGCAGCAGCAAAGUACGAUGAUCGUAAGCGGUGCUGUGUGCGGUGACGCUACGGGUGCAGGUAGUGCCGGUUCCUCCGCCGGCACAACCAUGACCAUAACGGCGACGCUGGCCGCCGAGGCAAGCGGUGACGAAGCGACACCAACCACGCUGAUCACACACGCAACGCCGGUCGUACUGAACGAUUGUUUGCUGGAGAGCAAAAACAUCGUGGUGACCAAGAAGGAUAACAACUACAUCCUGUUCACGGCCGAUCCCGAUCCUUCCUCGCCGGAACCACCGACCACCAGCGGGGGCACGACGGUAAUGCUACCCAUGCGUGGCGCGACGCUGGUCGCGACUGGAGGUGGAACGGCAGCGGGUGGUGGCAACACGACCACCACCACCACCACCACUGCCACCAUAAUCGAUGCCAUGCGGAUAGAGGAUCUGUUGAAGAAGGAGAAGAUUAUCAAACAGACGGAGCUGCAUCCGGAUGGCACCACGGCGACGACGUACAUAUUCGAUGAGUGCGAUAUCCUUCCGCUCAAAACGACGACGGGAUCUAUUGCGAAAGGAAACAUAACGCUAGCAUCCGGAACAGUCGGUACGGCGAUGGUUGGCAAGAGAUUGUCGGGAGGUAAUGCUUCGUCGCCGUCCGGUGGUACCAUAUCGGGAGCGUCGCUCGUUAAUACUGCCGGUGGAACCAUUGUAACGCCGGUUUCGAUACAGAAGGUGGACGCAUCGUCUAGCGAGCUUAUUGUGCCGACGGUGGUGAAGAGCGAAGCUGCCAGUGGUGUGCGCAAACUGUCUGCCAGUGCACUUGCCGGUGCUCCGGCCAAAACAUUCACCCAUCCCCGGAUCAAGUAUUCGCGGGCUAAGAACCCUUACAGCACUCCUGCCAACACUGGUAUAACGACUUCCACGAUAACGAUGCCUAUCCUGACCAUUCCCACGGUCACACCUUCGUCCGCUAGCUCCGGUAGCAGCGCCACGAUACAGGUGCAGGAAGUAGCGCAGCAGCUAGCUCCACCAACGGUCACCGUGGCCGGGACCGAGCGACAGUUGUUGAACUUUUCGCUGUCACGUAAACUGGGAUCCGCAGGGCAACAGUCCCAGCAGCACGUCACGAUCACUGGCGCAGGACCUCCCGGCCUGACGACGAUCAAUGCUUCGACCCUACAGCAGAUCCCGAUAGCUGCAGCCAUAAGUGGUGCUAAUGCACGCGGUGGCUCGGUGACUACCCGCUACACGGUGAACGAAUACGAAACGUCGGGCUCUAACACGUCCCAGAGCGCUGACUUCCCGCCUGGAAUGAUCGACGAUCUCGAUUACUCGGUAAUUGAGGACAUUGAUCUGUCCGAUGGGGUGUCGACCAAUUUCAGCAACGUGGUCGCUGCCGCCGCCGCAGCUGCCAUGAAUGUAGUCUCCUCUGGUCAGCAGCAACAGCAGCAGCAACAACAACAGCAACAACAGCAAACAACGACCAUAGCGGGAAGCAAAAUGUCAUCGGACGUGGAUAACAAUGGAUCUCAAAGUGACGACGAUGAUGGUGAUAUGAUGGACGAGGGCGGAGAUGAGGGUAGUGGCGACCUGGGGCACGAUGACGACGGCGAACACAUCACAAAGUACAACACGAAGAUGCUGAAGCUGAAGAAGGACAGUGGACCGAUGGCUGGGGCGAAGCUGCUGAACGCAUCGGUUGGCGACAGCAAGUACGCGCUGCUAGCGAAUCCAAACAUUAUGCGAAAUUUCGAAUACACGGUAAAUGAGUCGACCGGGGUAAGUGAUACGGAUGACGGCGAGGUCCGCCAGUAUGUGUGCAGACACUGUGGGAAGCGAUACCGCUGGAAGUCAACCCUGCGGCGUCACGAAAAUGUCGAGUGCGGUGGCAAGGAAGCGUCGCACCAGUGUCCCUACUGCAGCUACAAGGCGAAACAGCGCGGCAAUCUCGGUGUGCACAUACGCAAGCAUCAUUCGGAGAUGCCGCAGCUGGAGAGCCGCCGUAGGUCGAACAAGUCGCGCCAUUCGAUGUAACUGAUGAGUUCAUAAUUUUGAUCUUUCUCUUUUUCUCAUAGCAGUACCCCAGUGAUUUGUGUGACAUUUCUGCUUAACUAAACACUUUCAGGAUCUCUUUUAACUUACCCUUGCCUACAAACACAUUAUCCGGUGUCUGUAGAAACCUGAUACAUUGUGGAGUACGGCACCAUUUGUUUUUUAUGUCCAAUUCCUUUAAUUGGAACCAUUUCUAUUGGUUUUAUGAACAACAGAAGUUGAAAGAAGUCACUGAUAUAGCCAAUCCCAUGAGUGGUGUACAGCCAGGCAUCGACUGACAACGGUUGUUGCGCUAAAGAAGAAGAAAAAGAAGAAGUUGAAAGAUGGCUUGCGACUUUAUGCAAAUUGCCAAGAUUCGAAAGGUAACAAACUGUUACGGCUAUCAGGACUACUUAGUAUUGCAUCUUUUUCCUCAUCAAUUAUUGGGAUUAAAUGAUUGUUUUUUUUGUUACCAUCUUGGAGUGUUGAAUCCUAGAGUGUAUUUUUGGACUCCAUCAUAUUUUAUCGACUUAGAUUUCGAUUCUAGUCAACUGUCAUCGACGCCUGUUUAGACAGGUAGAUUGUAAAAAAUAAGCAAAUUGCUACAUAUCAGAUCCUUAUUAGUGACAUUGAUAAUAUUGGGACGAUAUUUGGUCCAUACAUGUGGAGAUCAUCUAAGCUGCUCUAUUAGUCAGAUUGUUUGCUUGAAUGCUUCUUUACAAGGGCAUUCUUGCCAAGAACUGAUUGCAAGCAUGCCUCUAACUGAAAUGGAUGCUUAAAAGAUGAUAAUGACGCAAACAUUGCAGUUGUUUUUUUAACGAUUUUACAAAACAGCCUCUGUAACUACUUUGAGGUAUGUUCAACAUAUUUUUAUGAUGAUGGUCAUAGUGAUAAUGCAUUGGUCAUGAUUGUUGAUGCAUUAGACGUGCCACAAUAUUAAAGCGUGUUAGAUCAAUGUGUUUGCUCCAAGAAAUAAUUACUUCUUGUAAAGUAAAGCCAAAUUUUCUUAGGAACUCUACAAAAUACACAUGUCGCUGUUGGUUUUAUUUAUAUGUUUCCGUCAUAUUGGAUUGCCAGUAACCCCGUUGUCUUAUCUAUCUAUCUAUAAUACACCUAAACUUUAGUGCAGUCGUCAUGCCGAUCAGUGUAAUGGUUUGAACAAGCUUGAGAUUUUGCCAUCCUUAAAAGCGUUUUUUUGAAAAGCGACAGAGCCAAAUUAUAGCGACUGUCCCUGUCCCCGUCUGUGUGCUGGUUCGAUGCUCCUUUUGAGGAGAGUAUUUGUGACCGGUCGGGUCAGAGUCGCGUGCUACAUUUAAAACAAGAAAUGUUUUCUUUAAACUUAGCGGUUAAGAUUUUACAUAAUUUAAGUAAUGUGUACCGUUUGCUAUUAUUCAUAUGUUUGAUAUAUAUACGUAUAAACAAGUGUGUAUGUGUGAGUGUAGUGUGCGCUAUUGUACUAAUGACAAAAGGGAUUCAAACACUUUCCUUUUUUAACUAUAUCAUUUUGCAUUCGCCAUUUCGUUUUCAUGACAUAUAAUGGUGGUCGCAGUUGGGGGCGUUGAUGCUUUGCACUCUCCCCUGCCUGUGUACCCCAUUCGGAGUGAAAAACACAAUGUUUUCUUACAAACAAGAUUUACUAAAAAUAGCGUGUAAUCUAUAUUGAAUUAUAGCCUCUCCUAAGUAAUUUUCGUGUGUUGCAUUACAUCAUCAUGCAUUUUAAACUGUUGCUUUUGGAGGAAGAGAAUGGUCUUAAUUAUCGUUAUACGAUACAUAUGAUUGCUGGAAUUUCACCACACUGAGUUGAAACGUGUGCUGCUGCUACUAGCAGUGUAACUUAUCAUUAAAGGGGCACAACUGAACAUUGCAAGCUGCUUCCAACAUGCAUUUUAAGCAAAUAUUAUGCAACACAUCGCAAAAAAUGCAUUGAGCAAACCUUAAAGCUAAUUUUUGUUUGAUUCUCAUUUAGUAUUGAUUGAAAUUAACAAUUGUGCAUUUUUUUAAAUUAAGUUUGUUUCAUUUAUGCAGAAUUCACAGAAGUUUUUUUAAACUACCCGGAUUGAUUUCAUAUUGCUGACCAUUCACCGACACAGUGUGUGAGGUAUCAUUGUGUGGAUUAAGGCUACUCUCGAAAAGAAAAGUGGAACAAAAAGGUCGUCGCGGUGUAGCUAAUGUUGAAGCAUACAAAUUAGAUUCUAGUACUCAACUCCUGCGUGUGUCGUACGGUAGAUUAUGGUGGAGAUGGUGCCGUGUAGUGCGCAGAACCAGAGAACAAAAAUAUUUAUGAAGGGUCAGUUAAGAAGACGAGGAAAAGAAAAAGAAACCAGUUUAGUGUGUGAAAACGUUAUAUACAAAGCUAAAAAAAAAACAAAAAGAAAACCCCUUUGUGAUGGAGGUGAUUACACAAAACACAUCAAAUGUUUGAAAACGAUAUUUUGGCCGAAGCAAAACCAUGUGUGUGAGUGCAUAUGGCAAAAUGGAACCAGUUAUUAGGCUUAAAAAAGGAAUACAGAGAGGAGACGUAAUAUGCAAAGUAAAAAUCAGUUGUUAGAUUCACACACACACACAUACAAAAAAGCGCAUUAAAGUUAAGAGUUUUAUAGAGUGUCAAUGUUUGUUCUCUCUCUCCCCCUCUCUCUAUCGUGACGCUUAUAAGAACAACGUAUAGAGUGCUUACAUGAAGCGAUCAAACAGAAACUUAUUUUGUGUAUAGAGAGCGAGUGUCGUCGGUGCGUACAUCUACAUUUUAUAUAUGAAAACACAGAAAACAAACAGCAAAACGAAGCCAAAAAUAAUGACGCGGAGUGUAGUCGUGUGUGCGUGUGGUGUAGCCAGAACAAAACACAUGGGCUUACGAAUGAAUUGAUUAAACAUGUGCAAAUAGUUGUAAUAAUAACGGUAAAUCAUGCCCAGAAGAAUAGAGCUAUUUUAAAAUCAUACUAUUUUAGCGAAGUAAAAUGCCCAAUUGCAAGAUGUUCACGGAGUAAAAAAGCGACAUCUUUACACCCACAAAAACAGCUCGAUCGGGAGUACAAAACUGAAAGCAAGAUAGGGUUAAACUGAAGAGCAAAUAACAUAUAAACAAAAGGAAGCGAAAUCAUCAGGAGCUGUAGAGGAAGGCAGGGCAAGUAAAACCACACAAACAAUCGUAUGAAAAAGGAACAAAUAUUUGCGUAAGGCUCAACAUAUAUGCAAAACAAAACAUUAAAAAAAAAACGCAAAAUGAGUUAUAAGAACCAAGCCACGUAAUGGUGUUUUUUUAUUGUUUGGUUCCUUUUUUAAUAUAAUAAUUUCCCCC